CUUACUCCUCGGUCCUCACUGAUUCUUCAACACACAAACAAGCGCUUCUCAACACUGCCUCACAUUCAUUCAUUUGUACAAACAUCUCAUGGCUGCCACUCUCUCCGUCCGGGCCAACCGCCUCUACGCCGGUUCACCUUUCCCUAGACCGUCGCCGCUUCACCUCCUCGGCUCCACUCAUCUCUCUUCGUUGAAACUCGCCAAAACGACUGACCUCUGUCGAGACGUAACAGUUUUGUCUCGGCGCGCCUCCGCUGGAGUUGCUAAAGCCGGCUCCCGAGCUGAUGACUCGGCUUCAUUUGAGAUGUCGGUGGAAAGCGCACUUAAACUGCUUGGAGUGUCGGAAACUGCGUCGUUUGAUGACAUACUUCGCGCCAAAAACUCGAUUAUUGCUAACUUUAAAGACGACCAAGAGGCGAUUGCGCAGGCUGAGGCUGCAUAUGACAUGUUGCUUAUGAGAAGCUUGACUCAACGCCAGGCAGGAAAAGUUGUGGAUAGUAGCAUACGGUAUGCUGAUGUUAACCCUGUGAACACUUCUGGGACAGGAUCAAUGCCUCCGUGGUUGCAGACUACUUUGAAGAAGUCAUCUUUUUCUGUAGAAACUCCAGCAACUAAAGAUUUGGGCAUUCAAGCAGGAGUAUAUGGAGCUUUGAUGGUGUUAACUUAUGUUAGCGGAGCUUCUACAUCCUCUGCAGCACCCUAUGCUGGGGCUGAUGUUCCUGGGCUGAUCUUGGCAAGUAGCUUUGGGGCUUCAUUGUAUUUCAUGACAAAGAAGAAUGUUAAGUUAGGGAAGGCCACUGUAAUAACCAUAGGCGGGCUUGUAGCUGGUGCAGUGGUGGGCUCAGCGGUUGAGAACUGGUUGCAGGAGGAAAUUUCAUCUGAAGCUUUGAGGAGAAGGAAGAAGCCCCAGUUCACUGCCACCAUUUAGAACAAUCAGCAAUCCGUCUAACAAAAUCCUGGUGUAAAUAUAAACUUGUCUCUGCGAGCUGCUUUGGCAUGAAAACAAUAUACAUAUACCCUGUAAACCCCUCAAUCCUCAGUGAUCAGCUGUGUUAUCUGAUCAGCCUGGGAGCCCUCUAUGUAUGAUGGGUGUCAGCUCUUGCAGCAUUCCCACUGUAAGUCACAAGAUCAUUAUACAUCUUUAGAGAAGCCUUUGAGAAUUCUGUUAAAGACAUGAAAACUGAAGAAAACCCAGUCUGCAAUCAAUUCAGUGUGAACCUUUGUGUUUCUUGCAUGCA